CCCCCGGAAGGGCCAUGCAUGCCCACCCCAAGGAGAUGGUGCCCCUAGUGGGCAGGAGGACCACUGGCCCCAGUGGAAACCCUGUUGUCCUGACAGAGAAGAGACCGGCAGAAGUCACCCCCACCAAGAAGAGUGCACACUUCUUCCUGGAAAUAGAAGGGUUUGAGCCCAACCCCACUGUUGCCAAGACCUCUCCCCCCAUCUUCUCCAAGCCCAUGGACUCCAACAUCCGGCAGUGCAUCUCUGGCAACUGUGAUGACAUGGACUCUCCCCAGUCUCCACAGGAUGAUGUGACAGAGACUCCAUCCAAUCCCAACAGUCCAAGUGCAAACCUGGCUAAGGAAGAGCAGAGGCGGAAGAAGAAGCGGCUGAAGAAGCGCAUCUUUGCAGCAGUGUCUGAGGGCUGUGUGGAGGAACUGGUGGAGCUGCUGGCGGAGCUGCAGGAGCUUUGCAAGAGGCGUCGCGGUGGCAUGGAUGUGCCUGACUUCCUCAUGCACAAGCUGACGGCCUCAGACACAGGGAAGACCUGCCUGAUGAAGGCCUUGUUAAACAUCAACCCCAACACCAAGGAGAUCGUGCGGAUCCUGCUGGCCUUUGCCGAGGAGAACGACAUCCUGGACAGGUUCAUCAACGCCGAGUACACUGAGGAGGCCUAUGAAGGGCAGACGGCGCUGAACAUCGCCAUCGAGCGGCGCCAGGGAGACAUCACCGCGGUGCUCAUCGCGGCGGGCGCCGACGUCAACGCCCAUGCCAAGGGGGUCUUCUUCAACCCCAAGUACCAGCACGAAGGCUUCUACUUCGGUGAGACGCCCCUGGCCCUGGCGGCAUGCACCAACCAGCCCGAGAUCGUGCAGCUGCUGAUGGAGAACGAGCAGACGGACAUCGCCUCGCAGGACUCUCGGGGAAACAACAUCCUACACGCGCUGGUGACGGUAGCCGAGGACUUCAAGACCCAGAAUGACUUUGUUAAGCGCAUGUAUGACAUGAUCCUGCUGAGGAGCGGCUCCUGGGAGCUGGAGACCACCCGCAACAAUGACGGCCUCACGCCACUGCAGCUGGCCGCUAAGAUGGGCAAGGCCGAGAUCCUGAAGUACAUCCUCAGUCGUGAAAUCAAGGAGAAGCCGCUCCGGAGCCUGUCAAGGAAGUUUACUGACUGGGCAUAUGGCCCUGUGUCGUCCUCACUGUAUGACCUCACCAACGUGGACACCACUGCAGAUAAUUCUGUGCUGGAGAUAACCGUCUACAACACCAACAUCGAUAAUCGGCAUGAGAUGCUGACCCUGGAGCCCCUGCAUACGCUGUUGCACAUGAAGUGGAAGAAAUUUGCCAAAUACAUGUUCUUCCUGUCCUUCUGCUUUUAUUUCUUCUACAACAUCACCCUGACUCAUCUUUUGCUAAAGUCCCUGGGAGGAGGGUAUGCCCUCCCACACCCCUUGGCCCUGACGCACAAGAUGGCGUGGCUGUAGCUGUUGGAGAGGAUGUUCGUGCUGAUCUGGGCCACAUGCAUCUCUGUGAAAGAGGGUAUCGCCAUCUUCCUGCUGAGAACCUCGGAUCUGCAUUCCAUCCUGUCAGAUGCCUGGUUUCACUUUGUCUUUUUUAUCCAAGCUAUGCUUGUGAUACUGUCUGUCUUCUUGUACUUGUUUGCCUACAAAGAGUACCUCGCCUGCCUCGUGCUGGCCAUGGCCCUGGGCUGGGCGAACAUGCUCUACUACACACGCGGCUUCCAGUCCAUGGGCAUGUACAGCGUCAUGAUCCAGAAGGUCAUUUUGCAUGAUGUCCUGAAGUUCUUGUUUGUAUAUAUCGUGUUCUUACUUGGAUUUGGAGUAGCCCUGGCCUCGCUGAUCGAGAAGUGUUCCGAGGACAACAAGGACUGCAGCUCCUACGGGAGCUUCAGUGACGCGGUGCUGGAGCUCUUCAAGCUCACCAUAGGCCUGGGCGACCUGAACAUCCAGCAGAACUCCACGUACCCCAUCCUCUUCCUGUUCCUGCUUAUCACCUACGUCAUCCUCACCUUCGUCCUCCUCCUCAACAUGCUCAUCGCCCUGAUGGGAGAGACAGUGGAGAAUGUCUCCAAGGAGAGUGAGAGGAUCUGGCGCCUACAGAGAGCCAGGACAAUCUUGGAGUUUGAGAAAAUGUUACCAGAAUGGCUGAGAAGCCGAUUCCGGAUGGGAGAGCUGUGUAAAGUCGCAGAGGGAGACUUCCGGCUGUGCCUGCGGAUCAAUGAGGUGAAGUGGACCGAAUGGAAAACCCACGUCUCCUUCCUUAACGAAGAUCCGGGACCCAUCAAACGGACAGCAGAUAUCAACAAAAUCCAAGAUUCUUCCAGAAACAACAGCAAAACCACUCUCAAUGCAUUUGACGAAAUGGAUGAAUUUCCAGAAACUUCAGUGUAG